UCAUGUUAAUUAGGUUAUCCACAAACAUCAUCAAUAGAAUUAGAUAAACUUACUGUAUUCAAGUAUAUGCUCUAUAACAUUUAAGAAUUAAACCAGAACUUAAUUAGAAACAAUCUCAAAAAUUGAUGAUCUAGAAAAAGUAAAUUAAGAAUGGAUAAAUUUGGCAAAAAAAAAAAAUGAUAAUGCAUUUGAGGAAGAUGAUGAAUUAGAUGAAUAAAAGAACAAGAAAGAAACUAAAGCUGACGAAGAUUUAUAAGAAAGUGAAAGCGAAUCAGAUGAUGAUGAUGAACCCAAGGGUGGAAGAAAAAUACCAAUAGUGGAAUUAGUAAAAGGAUUUAUUCCUAGACUUUUAAGACCUGACCCUUAGGAGUGAUA